AUGUCAUGUGGAAGCCUCGCUGUACCUCUCGAUUACACAGAUACGUCCUCAAAUAAAAAGCUCAUGCUGGAGCUCCUGAAGGUCGAUGCCGUGAAUAGCCCAUCCAGAGGGAGCAUCUUGUUCAACUUCGGAGGCCCUGGGGCGUCUGGAAAAGCAGAUCUUGCGUAUUUUGCUGGUAUGCUAUUAGGAGCUACUGGUGGCCAACAUGAUCUCGUGACAUUUGUUCCACGAGGCACUGGUGACACUCUCACAUUUUCCUGCUACGACAGUACGGAACAGAGGAUAUUCGCUGCCCUAUCAAAUCCAGUCCUCUCUGGCAACGCAUCCGACACUGCCUUGGGCAGGAUCUGGGCCGACAGCCAGGUCUUCUCUCAGACUUGCUACACUUCUCAAAACAAGACCGGAGACCUUGUAGGCACGGCCUUUGCAGCAAGGGACAUGAUGCAAAUCGUCGAUGCUUUGGAGGAGGAUGGCCUACUGAGGUUUUGGGGUAUUUCUUACGGUACGGUAUUGGGAGCAACUACGGCUGCAAUGUUCCCAGAGAGAAUGGACAAGGUGAUCCUCGAUGGAGUAGUGAAUCCGUUCGAGUAUUAUUCUAACCAGGAGGUGGAGCUAUACAAAGAUACCGACAAGACCUUCUACGGCUUCUGUACCGGCUGUGUCGCCAACCCCGAUAAAUGCGUGUUGGCAAAGGAAAACAUGACCGCCGCAGAACUCGAAGCCAAGGUUUACGCAUUUUUUGAGGACCUGAAAUACAACCCCAUCGUCAUCCCGGAUCCCACCGCAAGCUACGUCCUAGAUUACAGCACGGUCAAGCCGCUGAUGCACCGCCAACUCUACGCCCCCCAGGCAUGGCCGUCUGCGGCCAUUGUUCUGAACGCCUUGAUGACUCGAGACAUUGAGACAAUUGCUGCCAUCGUUGCCGAAUUGGCAGCCACCCCGGCGAUGCUGGACGCCGAGGCCCAGUUUGGCAUCAAGUGCGGCGACACUUUCGGACAGACGUCCAACAUCAGCGACAUCCUCCCCAUCGUCCACGCAAGACACGAAGCCAGCCGCUACGUAGGCGACACGGGAGAUAUCGUGCCAAUGAGGUGUGCUCAGUGGAAGAUCCCGGCCAAGGAGCGGUACAGCGGCGACUUUCGCGUCAAGACGAAGAACCCGAUGCUGGUCAUCGGCAACACCUACGACCCCGCGACGCCGCUCGCCUCAGCACGGAACGUCAGCGAGACGUUUGAGGGCAGUGUUUUGCUGCAGCAGGAUGGAUACGGCCAUUCCUCCAUCCUGCAGGCAUCGUUGUGUACGGCGAAGACUGUGAGGGCUUAUUUUGUUGACGGCAAGCUCCCUGAUACCGAUACGAUUUGUGACGUUGAUAUUCCUCUGUUUUCGGGCUCCGAUGGGUGGGACGCGGUCCUGGAGCAACUUGCUGCAGACGAAGAGUAA